UCGAGACCGCACCAGUUGGCGUCUCCAGCCCCAAAUCAGAACAAGCGUUCCAAAGCGACAAUACCCGACUAAAAAAAAGCGAAAAUAUCCGAUGAUCUAUCCCCAGAUCGAAAUAAGAAGCGUUCCCAAAAUCAUGGCGGCGGUGCCGGUAAGCGUUCAGAAAAAUAACGAGUUUCUCAAGCCGUGCAGCGCCAAGAGGAAGGCAGAUGAGGCGGCUGCCGGCGAGGAGUCUCACCCGAAGGUGUGCAGCACCAAAGGGAAGGCGGAGGCUGCGGCGAUCGGCAGUAGUUUGGGCGACGAAGCUGGUCAUGCGACGGAGGCCGUCGCAGAAUCAGAGAAGAAGGCGGCGGCGGCGACCAAAGGAGAGGACGAGGCCGCCAUAGGGAGGAAGAAGACGCGGCUACCGCAGGAGGAGGUCGACUCGAUCCUUACCAGGGUGGUGGAUACCAGUCGGCCCCCUCGUCUCUUCCAGGCCCUGAGGAGCGAAAACCCCAGCUUGGUGCCUUCGCCGGAGGAGAUGCUGGACAGGUCGAAGGUGGCAUUGUACGGCAUGGCCCGUCUGUACUACAAAUCUCGAGAGAGUUUCGCCGAGUACCAGGCCUGGGUCCUUAGCCAGCUCCAGGAGAAGGGCUGCGUGGAGGUAGACGAUGAGGCCAUCGCUCUCAGGGCCGAGCUCAGAGCAUACAGCGACCAAGUACGGAAGGAGGUAAUCAAAGACCUCACCUUCUCCGAUUCCGACCAAGACUAAUUGAUUAAUCAGGGCCGAGUUCCGUAGCAAGGAUUGGUUAUUCAUGAUGCUUCUCCGAUGAUGAGUUUCUAUGUUCCAAGAUUCAGAUCGAGUUCUAGCUUGUGCGUGCACCUCGCUGUUAUUAUUUGUUCAAGGCGGCACCAACAUCGAUCUGUAGCAUACGCCGAUGAACACCUUUUAAUUUUAUCCUCUGUUUUAUUCGAGGAAAAAGAUGA